GGCCGUCCCUACUCGUUCUCUCCUAAGAGGGAGAGAGAGAACGUCCAGAGGGAGGAGGCGAUCAAAGAACAGAGAAAGCGAGCGAAGAGAGAAGUGGCGCUCUGUUUGUGGAGCAGUACGGGACCAUGUUGUCAGGCUGCUCUUUGAUCUGGACCGGGGCGCUCCUGUUGGGGCUCCAGGCUUUGCUGACCCAGGCAUCUGAAUUCCAACACCACGGAUAUGAGGAGAUGGUGAGAGCCCUUUUUGCGGUUCAAAGCGAGUGUCCCUACAUUUCCCGUGUCUACAGCAUCGGCCGGAGUGUGGAGGAUCGACACCUUUACGUGUUGGAGUUCAGUGAUAAUCCAGGCGUCCAUGAAGCAUUGGAGCCAGAGUUCAAGUACGUGGGGAACAUGCAUGGGAACGAGGUGCUUGGCAGGGAGCUGCUCAUCUACUUAUCCAAGUUCCUGUGCGAGGAAUACCGGUCAGGAAACGAGCGGAUCACACGGCUUAUUCACGACACACGGAUCCAUAUCCUUCCUUCCAUGAACCCGGAUGGAUAUGAAGUGGCCGCCAGGCAGGGUCCAGAGUUCAACGGCUACUUAGUAGGCCGUGGAAAUGCAAAGGAUAUAGACCUGAACCGCAAUUUCCCCGACCUGAACGCUCUGAUGUACUACUAUGAGAGGCACAAUGGCCAAAACCACCACCUGCCACUGCCAGACAACUGGGAACUACAGGUUGAGCCGGAAACUUUAGCUGUGAUCAAAUGGAUGGACAAUUAUAACUUUGUUCUCUCAGCUAACCUCCACGGUGGAGCAGUUGUUGCCAACUACCCAUUCGAUAAGUCCCGAGAGCCCCGGAUAAGAGGCAGGACGACAUACUCAACCACGCCUGAUGACAAAAUAUUCAGAAAGCUGGCAAAGACAUACUCCUAUGCCCACAGCUGGAUGCAUAAGGGCUGGAACUGUGGGGAUUACUUUGAUGAAGGAAUUACAAACGGAGCCAGCUGGUACUCUUUGUCAAAGGGUAUGCAGGACUUCAACUACCUCCAUACUAACUGUUUCGAGAUUACCCUGGAGCUCAGCUGUGAUAAAUUCCCUCCAGCAACGGCCCUCGCCAAUGAAUGGCUUGCCAACAGGGAGGCUCUGGUGUCCUACAUGGAGCAGGUGCACCAUGGGAUCAAAGGGAUGGUGUAUGAUGAAAACAACAACCCGAUCAGCAAUGCCGACAUCUCUGUGGCAGGCAUAAACCAUGACAUGACCAGCGGGCCGGAUGGAGAUUAUUUCCGGCUACUGUUGCCUGGGACCUACACGGUUACCGCAUCUGCACCAGGGUACCAACCCUUUACCAGCAUGGUGACAGUGGGACCUGCAGAAGCUGUACAGCUACAUUUCUAUUUGAAGCUUCAGCCCAAAGUGUCAAACUUGCAUGCAAAAGCUCAUCCCAACAAGAAAGGCCAUUCGACAGCUAAACUUCCUCCCACCAACCUUGGGCCAAGAUAAAGAGCAUGAACGUUUCUGUCAACGAAGACAAAACUCUGUCUCUGUUUUUAAAAACUGAAGAUGAGUAGAAAAUGAAAAGCAAAUAUGGACUCUCACUGUGACGAACCGUAUAGUUGUUUGCAUAGAUGCAUAAGAGUGUGUUUUUCAGAAAUACAAGUUUUGCUCUCAUGUUGUUUUAGAGCUUAAACCUGUAUGUAUAGGGUUUGGGUUACAAGAACAUGGAAAUAUACAGUAAGUGUACAAAAAUAUUUCUCAUUUUAUGAGAAAUUAGCCCAACUAAUGGUGACCUUUCGAUGGGGUAUUAUUGGAUACUGUAAUCUAUAUCUAAAUAUGAAGUGAGGUCAGUUAAAGGAUAAAUAUCUCAUAUGUUGAUAAUAAUACUAAAAAUGUUAUCAUUUAAAAAUAAACCAAAAGUGGUGUUUAAUACAUUCUUUGGCCAAUUAUUGUUGAAAGUUAAACAUAGAAUUUUAAGCUUUCAAGUUCAUCUGUUGUUCUCCACAACCAACGUCAUUACAGCACUAGGCCAAUAGAGUGUUAAAAGAAACCCGUUUCUUCUUACCAAUGGCCUGCUACAGCACCUCUGAUGGACAACUUUAAAGGUGAUUUUCUCAAUAUUUGGAUUUUUUUCACCCUCAGAUUCCAGAUUUUCAAACUGUAUUUCGACUAAAUUAUUUCCUAUUUUAACAAACCCCAUAAAUCAAUGAAAAGCUUAUUUUUUCACCUUUAAGAUGAUGAAUAAAUCUCUUGAAAAAUGUAA